AAAAAAACCCUUUUAAAAAAAAAAACAAACCAAAAUAACCCGUCAAGCUGCAAAAAAAAAAAAAGUUGCUGCGUUUUUUUAAAGCCAUGAUUAAAAUCAAACGAAUUUUUUGGCUCUAACACCACCUCCAAAUGCCAAAAUCCAAACCUUGAAGCGCUGUCGGCUGAGAAAAAAAAUUGGAUAGCUGUUCCUGCCAUGGGCUCCGGCCCCAUCGACCCCAAGGAGCUCCUCAAGGGCCUCGAUUGUUUCCUGGGCCGGGAUGGGGAGGUCAAAACCAUGGAUGGCAUCUCCAAAAUAUUCAGCCUCAUGAAGGACUCGCAGAAGAUGGUGAGUCGCUGCAUUUACCUGAACAUCCUCCUGCAGACCCGGGCCCAGGACAUCCUGAACAAGUUCAUCCGGAUCGGGGGCUACAAGCUGCUCAACACGUGGCUGACGGGCUCCAAGGCCGCCAACAACGUCCCGUUCCUGCAGCAGCUGCUGCUCACCCUGCAGCACCUCCCGCUCACCGUCGACCACCUCAAGCAGAACAACACGGCCAAGCUGGUGAAGCAGCUCAGCAAGUCCAGCGAUGAUGAGGAGCUUCGCCGCCUGGCCUCCAUCCUGGUCAGCGACUGGAUGGGGGUGAUCCGCUCCCAGAGCAGCUCCCAACCCACAGAACGGGACAAAAAGAAGAGGAAAGAGGAAAACAAAAGCAAAACUCCCGUCCCGGAGAAGCCCCAGGAGGCCAAAAACGAGGCCAAAAACGAGGAAAUGCCGGAAAAAAAGCGGGAAAAACCCAAAUCCCUGCGGACCACGGCCCCCAGCCACGCCAAGUUCCGCUCCACAGGGCUGGAGCUGGAGACGCCGUCGCUGGCGCCGGUGAAGAAACUGAACUCGGCCUCGUCCGACAAAUACAGCCUGAAACCCGUCCCGGUCAAGAGGCAGAGCGCCCCGACAGCCCCCGGGGAGGCUCCUCUGGCAGAGAAGAAAUACAAACCCCUGAACACGGCCCCGAACGCGGCCAAGGAGAUCAAAGUGAAAAUCAUCCCCCCACAGCCCAUGGAAGGCCUCGGGUUCCUGGACGCCCUCAACUCGGCGCCCGUCCCCGGCAUCAAGAUCAAGAAAAAGAAAAAAGUUCUGUCCCCGACGGCGGCCAAGCCCAGCCCCUUCGAGGGGAAGCCGGCGCCGGAGCCCAGCACGGCCAAACCCUCGUCCCCGGAGCCGGCGGCCGCAGAGCCCAUGGACACGGAGCGGCCGGGAACGCCCGUGCCGGCCAUCGAGGUGCCCGAGCCCAUGGACACAGGUACGGCUCUGGGGAUGAGCAGGCCAAUCCCAGUAUUUCUUUUCACCGAUCCCAAAUUUCCUCCCCUCGCAGUGAACGUGAACAAGAUCAAGGACUUUGGCGAGGCGGCCAAGCGGGAGAUGCUGAAGGACCGGCACGCCUUCGAGACGGCGCGGCGCCUCAGCCACGACUCCAUGGAGGAGAAGGUGCCCUGGGCCUACCCCAAGGCCCUGGAUCUGCCGGCGCCGCUCGUCAUCCCCGGCAGCGGCAGCCGCGAGCGCUUCACGCAGGCCGAGCGCGUCAAGGGCAUCCUGCAGGAGAUCUUCCUCUCCAAGGAGAGCAUUCCCGACAGUCCCCACGAGCCCGACCCGGAAUCCUACGAGCCGCUCCCACCCAAACUCAUCCCCUUGGACGAGGACUGCUCGGGCGAGGACGGGGCCUAUCCCGAGGGGCUGGAUCCCGGGAAUUCCGCGGCCUCCCCGGAGCCGGGGGCGGGGGCCAAGCUGCCCCCAGUCCUUGCCAACCUCAUGGGCAGCGUCGGGGCGGGCAAGGGCCCCCCAGGACCCCCCCAAAACGCCCCCAUCAACAUGCAGGAGAUCCUCAGCUCCAUCAUGGGCGGCCCCAGCAGCCACAAGGCCGAGGAGCUGCUGAAGCAGCCGGAUUAUUCCGACAAAAUCAAACACCUGCUGGGCAACCUGCAGGCCCAGCCGCCGGGGGGGCCCGGAGGAGUUCCCCACGGGCUGCUGGGCCCCGGCCCCAUGAACGGCGUCCCCCCAUUUCCAAACCCCCAAAAUCCUCCUCAAACCUCCCCAAAAACCCCUUUUUUAAACCCUCCAAAAUCUCCCCCUCACAGAGCCGCCGCCAUUUUGAGGCCAAUUUGGGCCCAUUUUGGGCCCGCUCCGGAGCCAUUUUGGGGCCAUUUUGGGCGAUUUUGGGGCCAUUUCGAGGACAGAACUUCAACCCCCCGUUUCCUCUUCAACCCCCAAAAUCCUCCUCAAACCCUUUCCCCCUCCCCAAACUUUUUGAACCCUUUCCCGCGGGGCCGUUUUGGGGCCGUUUUUUUUUUCGGGGGCCGUUUUGGGGCCGUUUUGGGGCCGUUUUGGGGCCGGGGUCCGGCGCCUGACGCGCCCCCCCCCCUUUUGUCUCCCCCAGACAUGUCGAACCGCGCCGUGUGCCGCCACUUCAUGCUCAAGGGCAGCUGCAGGUACGAGAACAACUGUGCCUUCUACCACCCCGGCGUCAACGGGCCCCCCCUGCCCUGAAACACCCCAAAAACACCCCAAAAACACCCCAAAAACCCCCCCCCCGCUUAUGGCUUCCGUGAGGCCUCGGAGGGGGGAAAAACACGGAGGAAAAAGCAGAAAAAACGGGGAAAAAUCGGGGGGGAAAAAAUGAGAGGAAAACGGGGUUUGGUGGCGUUGGGAUUUGGAGUUGGGAUUUUUGGGGGUGUCGGAGGUUUUGGGGUUGGAAUUGGAUUUUAAGGGGGUUUGUGGAGGUGAAAUCGGGGUUUUUUUAGGGGGAAAAUUGGAAAUUUUGGGGGGUAAAUUUGGAGUUUAGGGGGAAACGGCUCUUUAAGGGGCGGGAAUGGGGAUUUGUGGAGGUUGAAUUGGAAUUUUUUGGGGGAAAAAGGGGAGUUUUUUGGGGGAAAAUUGGAGUUUAGGGGGGAAACGCCUCUUUAAGGGGUGGAA